CCCCAAAGCCCGCGGGAGGGCGCGGCGGGCCGCGCGGGGGAGGCGGCCGGGGCUGACAAGGGGUGAAGGGGGGGACCGGGCGGAGGCGGGGCGGAGGCUCCCGCCUCCCCCUCGCCGUCCUCCUCGCGGUCCUCCUCCGCGCCCUCCUCUCGCAGACGCCGCCUCCACGGGCCGGAGCCGGGGUCCGCGGCGCUGACUCGGGGCGGCGGGAUGGGGACUUAGCGCCACGGCGGCGGCAGUGGCCGCAGCGAGACCGGCCGCCGCCCCCGGGCCCGUCCCGCCGGGGGUGCCGGGCGCGGCCAGCCCGCCCCGGAGCCAGGCCCGCGGGCGGCGGCGGCGGCGGGGCUGGGCAGGUGGCUGCGGCUGGAAGAUGGCGCCCUCGGGCCCGGGCAGCGUCAGGCGGCGGUGCCGGCGGGUGCUGUACUGGAUCCCGGUGGUGUUCAUCAGCCUCCUGCUCGGCUGGUCCUACUACGCCUACGCCAUCCAGCUGUGCAUAGUGUCCAUGGAAAACAUUGGAGAACAAGUUGUGUGCCUGAUUGCUUAUCAUCUACUUUUUGCAAUGUUUGUCUGGUCGUAUUGGAAAACUAUCUUCACAUUACCAAUGAAUCCUUCAAAAGAAUUCCAUCUCUCUUAUGCAGAGAAAGAAUUGUUGGAGAGAGAGCCAAGAGGAGAAGCUCAUCAGGAAGUUCUCAGGCGAGCAGCCAAAGAUCUUCCAAUCUAUACCAGGACCAUGUCUGGAGCAAUCCGAUAUUGUGACAGAUGCCAACUUAUAAAACCAGAUCGCUGCCAUCACUGUUCCGUCUGUGAUAAAUGUAUCUUGAAGAUGGAUCAUCAUUGCCCAUGGGUGAACAAUUGUGUUGGAUUUUCAAAUUAUAAAUUUUUCCUCCUCUUCUUGGCUUAUUCUCUGCUGUAUUGCCUUUUUAUUGCUGCUACGGACUUACAGUAUUUUAUCAAAUUUUGGACAAAUGGCCUACCUGAUACUCAAGCCAAGUUCCAUAUUAUGUUUUUAUUCUUUGCUGCAGCUAUGUUUUCUGUCAGCUUGUCUUCUCUGUUUGGCUAUCAUUGUUGGCUAGUCAGCAAAAAUAAAUCUACAUUAGAGGCGUUUAGAAGUCCAGUGUUUCGACAUGGAACAGAUAAGAAUGGAUUCAGCUUGGGUUUUAGUAAAAACAUGCGACAAGUUUUUGGUGAUGAGAAGAAGUACUGGUUGCUACCCAUUUUUUCAAGUCUAGGUGAUGGCUGCUCCUUUCCAACUUGCCUUGUUAAUCAAGAUCCUGAACAACCAUCUACUCCUGCAGCAUUGAAUUCAGCAUCUAAAAAUCCUGAAAACCAUCAAUUUCCUGCAAAACCAUUGAGAGAGUCCCAGAGUCACCUUCUUACUGAUUCUCAGUCUUGGACAGAGAGUGGCACAAACCCGGGAAAAGGCAUAGCUGGUAUGAGUAAUCCUGCAUUAACCAUGGAAAAUGAGACUUAAUUCUUCAAACAAACUUAAUUCAUACUUUAUGAAAGUAUCUAUGCUGUGGAUGGAAGAGGCUUCCCUCAGGAGGACACCACUGACCAUUUGUUCCCAUUUCCUUUUGACUGGAUAAGAAUAUAAAUUGAUUAUGCUUUUCGAAGCCAUUGCUUAAAACCUAACAUUUUUUUAAUGCAGUAUACAAAUUGUUUCGACUAAUACAAAUUCCUGUUAAAUAUUAAAAGUAA